AUGCGGUCACCGAAUUUGAAAACGUCAAACAGUCACCCUUCAAGCUUUGCUCAGAUAUCCUCUACCUUCUCUUGAGGGGUUAACAAUUUUUUGCAAAUAUUUUCCAAUUUGAUAAAGAAAAUAAUAACAAAAAAAAAAUAAUAAUUUUUUUUUGCUAACAGUGUUAAAUUUACAAGGAGAUUUUUUAAAUUGUGAAAAAAAAAAUUGUGAUUGUGAUUUUAGUUUUGACAAUAAGUUUUUUAUUGUCAUUAACGAAAAUUUAAAAAGAACAGUGUCGUGCCUCAUCGAACAUUAUUGUCGAUGAAGUGUACGAAAUUAAAGUGAAUGUUACAAUAAUAAAAAUAAAUCCUGUGUUUGUGUGUGUGUUAAUUUUUCCUCUAAAUGGUGGAUUACUUCAAGUACAAAAUGUCUGCAAGUGACGAGGAAUUUGAACAACAAUCACAAUCGGGAAUGUCUAAGGCAGAAUUAAGAAGGAGCAACAAGCCAAUUAUGGAAAAAAGAAGACGUGCCCGAAUUAAUCAAUGUUUGGAUGAAUUAAAGAGUCUCAUUCUUGAAGCAAUGAAAAAAGACCCAACAAGACACUCAAAAUUGGAGAAGGCUGACAUUUUGGAAAUGACAGUGAAACAUUUGCAAACAGUUCAACGUCAACAAUUAAGCACAGCUGUUGCCACUGAUCCAGCAGUUCUCACAAAAUUUCGUACAGGAUUUUCCGAGUGUGCAACCGAGGUGUCACGAUACGUGAGUCAUUUGGAGAACGUCGAGCCAGCCGUCAAGCAACGUCUCGUCUCACAUCUCAACAACUGUGUUAGCCACCUUCAACAAGUUGCUCCAUUCUACAGUCAUUACGUGCCAUACAUGCCAGAACGACUCUAUCCCGAAGUUAAAGUUGGUUUUCAAACUGACUUUCAGAAUGGUGACGAAAAUAACAAUGGCAGCGCAAGAAUUCAAAUUCCAAGUGGCGUUCAACUAAUUCCAAGUCGUCUACCAACUGGUGAAUUAGCUCUCUUGGUACCACAAUCAGCAGGGAUAUCAGCAAAUUUUCCCUUCUUUCCACCAGCGCCCGAAAGUGCUGCACGAAUUGGUCCAUCGUCAGCAUUCACUGCUGUUCAAAGAUCACACAGUCCACUAUUGAGUCCAUCGACAUCAACAUCAAGUUAUGACGAGAGUCAUAAUUCCGAACAAUAUCCACACGCACAAUCACCACACAAUCAUCAUAAUCAUCAAUUUAAAAUACCCGAACAAAGUCCAGUAUCUUCCAAUAAAAGUUUCUCAUCGCCGGAAACACAAAAACCACAAAUUAGUUCAACGAGUGAUCGAAAAUCACCACCAUCAACAAUGAAUAUUUUUGUCGAACCCAAGAGCAAUGACAAUAAUUGUUCCGCAACGCCCGCACGGGUCAUCGGCUCCGAGUCAUUCACACCGUCGAGUCAUUCAACAGGUGAACUCAUUAAUGGGACGCAGCAAAUUUUGAGGCAACCCUUGUCAGUUAUUACCGAGAAAACAUGUAAUCGACCAUCGCUCAUGAAAAGGGAGAAUUUAAAGCGACAUCAUUCCGAUGGCCUUUUAUCAAUAUCAGAAAAGAAAUUAAGAUUACAAGAGCCAUCGAGUUCAGCGGCGGCUUCAACAAGUGCCACAAGUUUUCGACUUGAUUCCAAUGAACAUACAACAUCAGCUGAAGAUCUAUCGGGAAGAAAUAAUUUCGCGAGGGAUCCAAGAAAUACACGACAUUUUGCUGGACCAUCAAAUGGUGAUAUGUGGAGACCAUGGUGAUCAAAGAAUACAAUUACGAAUUUAAUUUAUAAUAUUUUUAAAAAGAUCUAUUUUUUUCCAUUAUAAAAUAUUUUCUUAAUUUAACAUCUUUAAUUUUAUAAUGUAAACCUUUAUUUUAAAAUUGUUUUUAAAAAAUUGUUUUUGUUAAUUUUCUUUACAAUCAUUUUCCGAGUUAUUUUUUCAUUUAAUGAAAGAGAAAUCCUGAAGAUUAUUGAAAAUAUAUUUGAAAUACUUGUAAUUAAAAAGUUAUUUUAUUUUCUUUCGUACAAAGGGAAAUAGAUUUUACAAUAUAGAUUGUAUUAGAAAAAUAUUUUCUUAUUUAAACAAAGAUUUAUUCAAUUUAAAUAAAUAUUUAGUAAAAAAAAUGCAAUGGUAAAUGUUACUGAACUGAUUGUACUGAUUAUAAUUUAUAUUAUAAAUGCAAUUAAAUGUAUUUUAUAAAUAACAAUCUAUAUUGUAAAUUCCACCAUACAGAUUGUAAUAAUUCGAAUCUAUAUUGUAAAUUCUACCAUACUGAUUGUAUUAAUUCUAAUCUAUACUGUAAAUUUUACCAAACGGAUUGUAUUAAUUACAAUGUAUAUUGUAAAUUCUACCGUACCGAUUGUAUCAAUUAUAAUCUGUAUUGUAAAUUCUACCAUACGGAGUGUAAUAAUUAGAAUCUGAAUUGUAAAUUUUACCAUACUGAUUGUAUUAAUUCUAAUCUACACUGUAAAUUUUACCAUAUGGAUUGUAUUAAUUACAACCUAUAUUGUAAAUUCCACCAUACGGAUUAUAUUAAUUCUAAUCUAUACUGUAAAUUUUACCAAACGGAUUAUAUUAAUUACAAUGCAUAUUGUAAAUUCUACCGUACGGAUUGUAUCAAUUACAAUCUGUAUUGUAAAUUCUACCAUACGGAGUGUAACAAUUAGAAUCUAUAUUGUAAAUUUUACCAUACUGAUUGUAUUAAUUCUAAUCUACACUGUAAAUUUUACCAUAUGGAUUGUAUUAAUUACAACCUAUAUUGUAAAUUCCACCAUACGGAUUAUAUUAAUUCUAAUCUAUACUGUAAAUUUUACCAAACGGAUUAUAUUAAUUACAAUGCAUAUUGUAAAUUCUACCGUACGGAUUGUAUCAAUUACAAUCUGUAUUGUAAAUUCUACCAUACGGAGUGUAACAAUUAGAAUCUAUAUUGUAAAUUUUACCAUACUGCUUGUAUUAAUUCUAAUCUACACUGUAAAUUCUACCAUAUGGAUUGUAUUAAUUACAACCUAUAUUGUAAAUUCCACCAUACGGAUUGUUUUAAUUCGAAUCUAUACUGUAAAUUCUGCCAUAUGGAGUGUCUUAAUUACUAUCUAUAUUGUAAAUUCCACUAUACGGAUUAUAUUAAAUCGAAUCUAUAUUGUAAAUUCUACCAGACGAAUUGUAUCAACUACAAUCAAUACUACUAAAUAGAUUCUAUUAAUCACCGUCUAUAUUGUUAAUAAAACAAUAAAUUUUUUCUCAAUGUUUCAACUAAUUGUCAAUUUUAAAUGAUAAAAAAUCUGUACCAAUAUACUUAAUGGAUACAAAUAUCAAAAGUCUCUUUUACAAUUGUGAAUAAUUUUGUUUGCUCAAUUGAAAUUUUCGUUUUUAAAUUAAUAUUAAAAAUAAAUUGUUAAAGUGCCUUUAAUUAAAAAUAACCGAUAAUUUCUUAUGCGGAAAAUGUACAUGUCUCUUUACCUAAAUUAGAUUAUAAAAUAUUUGUAAGGCAAAAAAAAAAAUGUAGGGAUUGCUUUAAUAUUUAAGAGUUCAGUGUGAUAUUUUUUCUAUACAUUUACGUUUUUUUCCAAUAUUAUAUUUUUUAUAAUAGUUUUUCUUCUGAUAUUCUACGAUUUAUUUUCCCAAAGUGUAAAAAAAACAUCUCAACGAGAUAAUCCUUGUAAAUAACACUUGUAAAUAGAAAUACAUUUGCGUACCUUAAUUUAAAGUUUUACUUUAAAAACAAAAAAAAACUAGUGAGGUCAGUAUUGUCAAACAGUUUUACAAGUUUGUGAUAAACAAUGUAUUAAAUUAAAAAUACAUGAA